AUGGCCCCACGAUUCGCCUCCAGCAGCGGGGGGUCCCAACGCAAAGCCCGCCAGCGCCAGGCCAGCGUGCUGGUGCUGUCGCUGGUGGCAGCGGGCCUGUUGGCGCGGAAAUACUCGGCCUCCUUCGCCACAGCAGCCGCGGAAUCCUCGCCAACAAGACCGCAGCCCCUGCAGUCGUCGCUGCUCAGCUCGCUGCGGCUCCAGCUCGGCGACGUGGUCAGCGGCGGCGGCGGCGGCAGCAGCAGUUCAGGGGGCGGCGGCAGCAGCGUGUGGGGGUUGUUAGGUGCAGCCUCUGCCACCGACCGCCGUGCCACGCAGCAGCGCAUAGUGUAUGAGCCGAUUGCGGCGCCCGACCCCGCGGUAGUCAAGGAGCGGUGCCAAGGCACGACGGGCGAUUGGUGCGGGCGGUACGAGGCGCAAAAGGAAAUCCCGGCAAAGCCGCCGCCACAGGGCAACAAGACAUGCCUUUGGAACUGCAACUUUGUGGGCGUGUGCGAUGCCAUGAAGGGCCUCUGCCGUUGCCCGGCGGGAUGGAAUGACGACAGCUGCAGCACAAGGAUGAAGCGACCGUGCAGCCAGCGUGUGCGGGAGCACGGCUUUGAGCCAUACAACGAGCCUGUGGACCCCAACGGCGGGGCGGGCACCACCAUGGCCUGCCACGACCUGUGCGACGAAGACAUUGCCGCCUGCUACUGCAACAGCACCUUCAAGCACGGCCGCAUCCCCGCCGAGCCUCACAUGCCGCCCGGCACGCCGCCCACGCGCCGCGGCCGCCCCAUUGCGCACAUGUGCCGCCGGAGCUCACCCGGCAGCUGGGGCGACGUGGCUCCUGACCUGCUGUACGGCGCAGAUGGCUGGUGUGAGUCCGACUCCCCCAAGUAUCACUGCCCCUGCAUCAUGGAUGGCGUGGGGGGCCCCACCUGCGAGGAUCCAGUGGAGGCAUACUGCCCCAACCAGUGCAACGGCCACGGUGAGUGCCUGUUGGGAUUCUGCAAGUGCCACGAGGGCUGGUUUGGCAUGGAAGAGAAGGAGCGGCCGUGGCUGAAGGCGCACGUGCACACGCCGGCGGCGCGCGACCCCGAGGAGGGCGCCACCCGCAAGCGCCCGCUCAUCUACGUGUACGAGCUGCCGCCCUUUUACAACUCGGUCAUGCUGCAGUACCGUGUGUCCCGCGAGGGCUGCGUGCACCGCUUCUUCGACGACCGCAACGCCACCGUGUUCAACGACAUGAUGCACCUGUACAACCCGGAGCCGGGCCUGCACGAGGCGCUGCUGCAGAGUGAGCACCGCACUCUGGACCCCGAUGAGGCAGACUUCUUCUACAUACCGGCCUUCGUCAGCUGCUUUCUGUUUCCGGUCUUGAGCGCAACCGACUUCCCUUACUUCCACGGCGGGCCCGUGGCCUGGCGCACACACGCGGCAGCAAACAUGUUCAUAGAGGUGUACCACUGGAUUCGGUCGCACUAUCCGUACUGGGACCGCAACGGCGGCAGGGACCACAUCGUGGGCUCCUUCCACGACGAGGGCUCCUGCUGGGUGCCCGCCGUGCUGCGCCCCGCCAUCAUCCUCUCCCACUGGGGGCGCACCGAGUUCCCGCACGUCAGCGGUACGGGCUACUGGCCCGACAACUACACCUCCGACUCGCACCACCCGGUGUGGCAGCCAGAGGGCCACACCCACAAGCUGGGAGAGUUCCCGUGCUACGACCCCAAAAAGGCACGGGCGGCGCCGCCGCCGCGGCCGCCGGGCGCUACGCCCUACUGUGCUGACCUGGUGCUGCCGGUGAUGCACAGCGCCCAGAAGUAUCUGGAGAGCCCCAUGCUGGGGGCGCCCACCCGCGAGCGCCGCAUCCUGGCCUUCUUCAAGGGCCGCACCCAGCAGUCCAACCCAGAGUACUCGCGCGGCAUUCGCCAGACGCUGGAGAACCUGACGCGCGAGCACGACUGGUGGGGCAAGCACAAGGUUCACGUCGGGGAGGAGAUGCCCGAGGGGGAGAGCGACAGCUACAGCGCCAUGCUGGCGCAGUCCGUCUUCUGCUUUGCCCUCAUGGGCGACGGCUUCUCCUCGCGCACAGACGACGCCAUCAUCCACGGCUGCAUCCCGGUGCUGAUCCAGGACGGCGUGGAGCCCACCUGGUCCAACCUGCUGGACACGGGGAGCUACAGCGUGCGCAUCCUGCAGAAGGACAUGGAGCGGGUGCCCGAGAUACUGCAGGCCAUCAGCAAGGAGGACGUUGCGCGCAUGCAGGCCAACCUGGGCAAAGUGUGGCGCAGGCAUCUGUGGUCUGGCUUCCGACCCUACACCGCGCAGGUCAAGCAGCUGCUGGCGGAGCGGCGGGAGGAGACGAGCAAGGCGGAGGUGAAGAGCGCGCCGCCGUCGCUGACCGACUACGACCCCGCCCAGGACGAUGCCUUUGCCACCAUCCUGCAGUACCUGUACUCCCGGCUGGACGACCUGGGGGCACACGCGCCCGCGCCGCCGGCGGACAAGGAGCAGCGGUAG